AUGGAGUCCACAGAGGAGCAGCAGCCAGUGGUUCGCAUGCGUGGCCAGCCACUUAACGACGCUAAUGGUGCACAGACAGCACUUCAGCGAGGCCUUGAAGCGCUACAGGAGAACUCCGAAGAUAUUGAUGAAAUCCGCAAACUUGACACUCAACUGGAUCAUUUGAAUGACUACGUGACCAAAAUGGAGGAACGGCUCAAGCUGCAUAACGAGAAGCUUAUGGAACAGCUCCGUCAGCAAAAAGAGGAACGCGAAAAACGCCGACGUAGUUUUCACGAGCGUAUGACCCAGAAUCAAGCGGAAGACACGGCUUUCCAGGAACAGAUGGCGUCGAUCUUGGGCCGUGUGGAUUCAGUACGAAAUAGGCAGUCAAUUUUUGAUAUCGUGAAUAAUAUGGACAUCCCCAGAGUGAAUAACUAA